AUGGAGGAAGAGCUACGAUGUCCCCUCUGCCGCCAUUUUUUCCAAGACCCAGUCUUACUUGGCUGUGGUCAUUCCUACUGCCGCGAUUGUACGGUUAAGGCAAUCCAAAACCCACAGUCCAACCGCCCUCACACUCCCGCCACCCCAUCGGCAUCUACCGGCCCUAGCCUACUCUCCGGGCAUGGCCCAGCCUCAUCCCCAAUCUCCCCGAAUUACUCUUCAGACCGAAGCUCGGACACAAUCUCGCUAUGUGUCUCGGACGACCAUGAGAGUGACAAGUUGAGUGUCGUCUCGGAGACGGAUUCGGGAGUUGUGCUGCUUGGAAGAGCAUCUCGACCCUGUUCGAUGAUUGGGCCGUCAUCAAGCCGAUUGCCGUCGAUUCUUACUCCCUCAACGUCAGCCAUCCAUCUGACCUGUGCUGCUUGUCAUAAGCCGAACUAUUUUUGUGAUGAGUCGGUCGUCCAGCAGCUCCCGACAAAUGUAGCCGUGCAAAAUGUGCUGUCACGCUACCUGACCGCUCAUCCGAAUUUGGUGACGAGUAAAAAAGAGCCGGAGAAUGCGCCUGAAGCGUUGAAGGAGGCCAAUUGUCAGUUAUGCGAGGAAGGCUCAAAAUCGGCGAGCGUUUGGUGUGAGCAGUGCGAUAUAUAUUAUUGCGAUGCGUGCCAAGGGGCAUUGCAUCCGAUGAGGGGACCACUGGCAAAGCACAAUCUCAUCGCAGCAGCUCAGCGAAAGCUUGCCUGCAACCGGACGCCACCACAAGACCUCCGUUGUACGCAACAUCGUGAAAAGUUCACAAUGUACUGCGUGCCGUGCAAAGCACCGAUUUGCUCAAAUUGUGUACAGGACAUUCGGCAUGCCAACCAUGACGUCCAAAACUUGGCGCAGACGUGCAAGGCUCAGAAGACCGAACUCUCGCAAACGCUACAACAGCUCUCGGAGAAAGCAAAGAAGGCCAGUGAAGAGAUCGGACGGUUGAAGCAGAUGCAGGAUUUAAUUAACAACAACUGCAACGACUUCAAAUCUGCGGUUUGUAUACAAAUCGACACGCUUGUUGAGCAGAUGAUGGCUCGUAAGGAAGAGCUGAUGGCGAGGAUUGAUCAGGAUAAGGAGCAAAAGCGACGAGCGCUGCGGGACCAGAUUGGACGCUGCACAAAUAAGCUCGGCAAAACGACAGCCCUAAUCCAAUUCGGGAUUGAGGUUCUAAAAGAACAAGAUGCUGCCACUUACCUACAGAUCAGCAACUCCAUGCUGCACCGCUCAUCUAGUCAAGAAUUUUUGUGGAAUACUGAAAUGCGCACCAAGCCAGAGGUUGACCCGGAAUUCGUGCUAAACUUGGAUGUGAAACACGUGCAGUAUGGCAUCCAAACACUCGACUUUGCUCAACACAAAGGAAUUCAAAAUAGACGUGUAACCGGCGAUUCUAGUAGAGUUCCAUCCCAACCGUGCUUCGAUGCGGCUGAAUGCUCGGCAGAAAACAAUUCGGUGACGCUAGUCUGGAGACCCCGAUUGGAUGGCUCAGCGAUAGAUGGUUAUACCUUGGAAAUUGAUACCGGAAGGGAUGACGGUAUUUUUAAGACGGUCUAUUCGGGUGCCGACACGAUUUGCACCAUCGACGGUCUCCACUUCAAUACGAUGUACACCGCCCGAGUAAAAGCAUUCAAUUCGGCCGGCGAAAGCGGAUACAGUGAGCCGAUUUGUCUACAGACGGCUCAGGUGGCUUGGUUCCAACUAACCAAGAGCCCAUCCCAACGUGACAUGCAGCUGACGAAUGAGUGUAUGACGCUGUCUGGCUCUACCACAGAGCACCGUACCGUGCUUGGGAGCAUCGCGUUUUCGAAGGGAGUUCACUACUGGGAAGUGACGGUAGACAAGUAUGAAUCGAAUGCGGAUAUCGUCGUCGGUGUUGCUCACCCGUCUGUUAACCGAAAUUUGAUGUUAGGCAAAGAUUUGCACGGCUGGUCGAUGUACGUGGAUGGAGAGCGAUCUUGGUAUCUGCACAAUGAGACUCACCACCACCGCGUACCUGGCGGAAUCAGCAAAGGAUCGGUUAUUGGAAUCCGACUUGAUUGUGACCGCGGAACCCUCGAAUAUACCGUCAAUGAUCGGAAACGAGCCUGCGAGGGCGAGACUAUUGCAUUCCGAAAUAUGCCACGAGGACUCUACUACCCCGCUUUUGCCGUCAACUGUCACGCCUCAAUCACCGUACACACAGGGCUUUCACCACCAGGCCUCAACUCUUCUUCUGAAGACAGCGAA